UGUCACUUUAACAAAUUAGUAGUGACUUCAAGUCAGAGUUUCGAAACUUUUGUAAUUAUUUCGAUUAAUGUUUAUAUCAAUUGUAUUAUUAUUUGGUGAAGUGUAUAAUUUAAUUAAUGAAGAAGGUACGCUUUGAAUCUCCAGUUAAAACUCUAAGAAUAAACGCAAUGAAUCCAAACUUUCAGAGAGAAUGCCACUCUCCUCGACCUUUUAUGUUGAAGCAAGUGCAAUCUGCGCCUUCAGUAGCUCCAAUGAACUAUUUAGAAAAUCGACCAAUGCCUUUUACUAAUGAUCCUAUACAAAGAUUUGAAUGUGGGGAUUCAACACCAUAUCCGGUAGUUAAUAAAACUUACUUAACACAUAAUCCAAAUACAGAGAAACACAGUUGUUCUCCAUCUAAUGAGUUAGAUUUAAGUAUGCUUGAUAGUACUUACAAUAAACCGAGACAUACGCUCCCGAGACAGAAUAUUGUUAAUUCGUACCAAAUCCAAUCUUUGAAAAGCAAUUUUAAUGUUAAUCCUAUGAUGGAAAAUAAAUCAACACGAAUAUUGACUCCCAUAGAAAAUAAUGUUGCUGCUAGUCCACCAAAUGUUUUAAACAAAAAAGACGAUUUCUUCCUAAGGAGAGAUAACUUAAAUGAUCUUAAAACUAUACAAAGUCAAUUUAAUAAUUUACAAUUAGAUAAAGAAAAUAAUCCACUCUUAAAGAAAACAGAAAUAAUGACAUUAGGAAUUCCUAUUUCAAAAAAGUUGGAUACUAAACUUACUGAGCCUAACUCAUCAAAUGAAAUGAAUCAUUUAUGUAAAUGUUAUCACUGUAUUCAUAUUUUAAAUACACAAAGCAAUAUGAAACAUUUAAUGAAUGACGAGUAUAAACAUCAAUAUAUGGCUGAAAAUCAUUAUAAAAUCUGCCAUUGCAGCUCACCUUUAUUUAAAAGGACCUCAGAUUGCCAAUGUAAUAAUUAUUCACCAAUGAACCACACAUACUUUCCUUCAUGUAACUGCAAUAAAACUCCAGGAAAGUCACCCCAGACUGGAGUGACUAAAAAAAAUUGGACACUUGAAAAAUAUGAACAAAGUAACAAACCUACUUGCUUAGAUAUUGAGAAACAGGAUAAAAUUAUCAAAGAGAAAAGAGAACCUACUGUUGCUGAUCUAUUUAAAAUAAUUAAACUACAAAAUGAGCAACUACAGUUAUUACAAGAAAAAGUAGAUAAAUUUAUAUCAGCCAAUAAAACAUAUGAACCUCAAAAAGUAACACAGCCUUUACAGAAUUAUGUCACCGAACAUGUGGAAGUUAAAUCUAUCGGAACAGACGAAAAGAUAUCAAUAGGAGUUAUGACAAGUUUUGAAAUGUAUAGAACUUCAACUAUAAUUAAUAAAGAAAUAGUCAAGCAAAAUGAGGCACAGAUUCAAUGUAAUAGGUCCCAAAUUAGUAUAAAGGAGGUUGUAACUAAGGCACAUCCAGUGAAUUUAAAUUUCCUUGACGGCAUAGCUCCAGUUUCUAAUUCGUCUGACCCUAAAAUAAAUGAGAAUACUCAGGCUCAGGAAAUUGGUGAUCUCACAAAAAAUACUGACACUGGAUAUGUAGAUAAAACACUGAAUGACAUGAGUUUAUACAAUGUGCAAGUGGACAAUCCCAUUACACCUUUAAUGUCUCCAGAACAAAGCUUAUAUUUGGAUGUGAGAGAUUACAGCGAUUCUGAUACUAGUGACGACCAAUCCAAUGUAGGAUGGACAUAUUAUAAUAAAGUAAUGACACAUGUUAAUGGCAUGUUACAAGAAUCUGAUAUGCCCUCUUCAGCGAGUGCUUUAUACAGGAAUAAUAAACAAAAGUGUUUACAGAUGCAAAUCGACAAAACUAACAUUAGUGUUGCCAAAAGAGUAACAUUUGGUGAUGAUCCCUUUCAAAUAGAGCAACCACAAUUACAUGCUCCUACAACGGACACUAGCUUGAAAAUGAACCAGCUUGCUGCCAAAUAUUUAAAGAAUGGACAUGGACCACAGAUAUUGAAAAGUCCAUCUCCUAAGCCUGGUGCUGUUCCUGUGGACAUGUCUUUAGCAACAAGGAACUACAUGGAAAAGCACAAACUUUUACAAGGUAAUAAUAAAUAUCAAAAUGGACAUAGGCAAGUGGAGAUACCAAAAUUCUUAGACAUAACAGCUUUGAAGCAACAGCCAAAAUUUUUAUAAUUGUUUUUCUAGUACUCUACAUGUACUAUCUGGAUUUGUUAAUAAAAUAUUAUCUUAUAUUGAAUAUUUGUAGAAAAUUACAAUAAUUGUUUAAUUGUAUUUGGUGUAACUUUUGUAUUUAAUUAUUAUUAUGAAUAAAUGAAUUUUAUAAUG